CCCCUCGAGGGAAGCCACAUCGGGAUGAGCUCUGCUGGAGACGAAGAGCGCACUGCUGCGAGCGGAGAACAGAUCCACCCGCCGGUGCAGGAGGGCCGCGAUGCGAAGCUUGCAAGUUUGCAACUGCAGAUUUCGCAUUUGGCGGCCCUGGUGGAGGAGUCGGUGAAGAAGGAGCCUGGCAGCGUCGUGGUGGAUGCAGCCAGUAGGGGCGGCUGGGUUGCUGCCCCCGAAAGCCGAGAGCCCACGCUGCCGCUCGGCGGUGGCGGGGGAUUUCUCCAGCAGCAAGCGAGAGAUGGGGGGCAAGGACCACGACAGCUGCUGGAAGGCGGCUGGGCCAGCAGAUCGGGAGCGAAUCCUGCGAGACCAGCCGGAGUAGGCCCGGGCAUGGGACCAGACUACGGGGAAGCGAGGGGGUUAAACCCCCCAGGUGAGAUACCCGUGAUUCGAGGAAAUGGAGAACACCUCGACGGCUACAGCAAUAGCCACCAGAAAAGAGUGACGGUAAAUGCCCCGGUUCUAGACGGAAAAAGCCGCAGCCACGGAUUUGAUUCGUGGCCAAAAUCGUUCAUCCAAGCUGGGAAGACCAUCGACUUGGACGGGCAGUUUAUAGGAGAUGCAGAGAGCAGUANAGGCCCGGGCAUGGGACCAGACUACGGGGAAGCGAGGGGGUUAAACCCCCCAGCGGCGGGGGAGGAGCGCCGGGCCGCGGCAACAGCGGCCGCCGCAGGGGUGGCAGCGGCGGCGGCGGCGGCAACCACAAGGGGAGAGGGGAUGGCGCGAAGGCUGGUGGCGGCAGCGGAGGCGGCGCCGACGAUGCGGGUAGCAUGCGCGGUCGCUGAAGAGGAGGAAGAGGAAUUCGCGACUGAGGAGGACGAGGUUGGGGAGGGCGCGUCCAGCAAUGUGGAGGGAGGGCGGAGGGAGAACCUGUGGAUGGAGGACCAGGGAGAACCCUCGCCGAAACCCGAGGUACGAGUCGCCCCCGUCGCCGACAAGUGCCGAAGCCCUGCUCGCCUCGGUGGCGAGCCUGCCCGUCAGCAGCACGGAGGAGUUCUCCCGCUGGAUGCUCAGGGGGUGCUUCACGUCGCGGAGGGGCUAGAGGCGAGGGUGGUGCGAGAGUUGCUGUCCGAGCGCGCGGAGGAGGCCCACGCUGCGCGCCAAGAGGCGGAGGAUUUCCUGCUGGGUACGGUGGACCUCAUGCUCAACUCGCCAGACGCCUUCGAGACGGCUCUGGCGUCCCUCGAGCUAAGUGAAUCCCCCGUAGGCAAGCGUCUGAGUGAUGAAGAACCCCCAUCAAGGCCGCAGCCGGCGUUGCCAAGUCUGUGUACAGAGAGGGGUGGGAACAGGCCNCCUGCGCGUCAAGAGGCGGAGGACUUUCUGCUGGGUACGGUGGACCUCAUGCUCAACUCGCCAGACGCCUUCGAGACGGCUCUGGCGUCCCUCGAGCUAAGUGAAUCCCCCGCCAUGAGGGAAGAAUUUGAAGGGCACUUGGGCACGGGGACGUUUUCAUUCGUAGACGGCGCGCCAGGGGGGCGCAGGCCUGUGAAUUCCAAGUGGUGUUUUAGUUGGAAGACCAACAAGGAAGGAAAGAUAGACAAGUUCAAAGCGCGUCUGGUUGCUAGGGGGUUUUCGGAAAUCCCGAACGUCGAUUAUUUCCACUCGUCUUCCCCUUGCCCAUCACCUGCAUCCGUAAAACUUAUGCUUGCGGUGGCAAACGAGAAGGGCAUGAAUCUCAAUCACUGGGAUGUGAAGCAGGCGUACACACACGCCACGCUAGAUGAGGAGAUUUUUCUGAGGCUCCCCGCUGGGUGCGGGGAUAAAUCGCGUAAAAUUGUUAAGGCUGAGCGUGCGAUUUACGGUGUGAAGCAGAGCGGAAAUUUCCAACCAAAAACCUUGGAGGGUGUCAAUGGUUUGAUGGGUGUGCCAUCGAGAGNCAUCGUAAUCUACGUGGAUGACAUUUUGGUGGCUGGGUCUGACGAGGAUUGCGAGGAGUUGCUUGCUUCUCUCAACAAGAAAUUUCCCACCAAAAACCUUGGAGAGUGUCAAUGGUUUGAUGGGUGUGCCAUCGAGAGAGAUGUAGAGGCUGGGACUCUUAGAAUCUCCCAAACCGCGUAUAUCGACAGCAUGGUUGAACGCUUCGAUAUGCACUCGACUCCCCUCAUCCCCGCUACCCCUGGUGCCGAUCUAGGGCCGAAGCGAGAGGAUGAGGAAGGAGGGGAGUGGCCGGUGAGGGAGGCCAUCGGCAGCAUGAUGUGGGUGUCGACUUUCUCGCGUCCAGACGUCUCGUUCGCCGUGCAAGAUCCUCNGGAGGCCAUCGGCAGCAUGAUGUGGGUGUCGACUUUCUCGCGUCCAGACGUCUCGUUCUCCGUGUGUGUCGUAGCGCGCCACGCCCACGCCCCGGCGAAGAGGCACUGGGAUGCCAUCCAGAAGAUCCUCGGCUACUAUAAGGAGACGAGGGACCUCGGCAUCACCUACCAACGGGGAUCGGGGUUAGGGCUGGCCGUGUACGUAGACGCUAGCUACGCCGACUCGGAGGAUAGGCGUUCGGUGUCAGGGCUGGCAACGACGGUUGGAGGUAUCGUAGUCAGCCAUGGUAGCAAGACGCAGAGCAUCGUGUCUUUGUCUUCGACGGAAGCCAAGUACAUUGCUGCCGGGGAGGGUGUCAAGGAGGCGUUGUUUGUGCGUGCUGUGCUUUCGUUUUUUGCCCCAGAUACCAGAGGUAGCAGCUUCCAGGUCCUUGAGGACAACCAGGGGGCCAUACAAAUUGUAGCGUUAGCGCAGAACCCCUCAGCUCAGCUCGCACGAAACACAUUGAGGUGA